AUGUACCUUGUCCUUGCUGCUACAAUUCUGCUCAUUCAGGCCAUUGCCGCACUCUCGCCUGCGGAAUGGCGGUCCCAGUCAAUCUACUUUCUGUUGACUGAUCGAUUUGGACGUGAUGAUAAUUCAACCACGACUGCUUGCGAUGUCACAGACAGGAUUUAUUGUGGUGGAAGUUGGCAAGGAAUCAUCAAUCAUCUGGACUACAUCCAAGGCAUGGGAUUUACCGCCAUCUGGAUCACCCCAAUCACCGAACAGCUCGACGGCGAUACGGGUGACGGUGAAGCCUAUCAUGGCUACUGGCAACAGAAGAUAUAUGAGGUCAACUCGAACCACGGCACUGCUGCUGACAUCCUGGCUCUUUCGAAAGCUCUACACGCUCGGGGGAUGUAUCUGAUGGUCGAUGUAGUGGCGAAUCACAUGGGAUACAAUGGUGCGGGAAAUACGGUUGACUACAGUGUCUUCAAUCCCUUCGAUUCCUCCUCAUACUUCCAUUCGUAUUGUCUAAUUAGCAAUUACGAUAACCAAACCAACGUGGAAGACUGUUGGCUCGGAGACACCACUGUCUCUUUGCCGGAUCUGAACACUGAACUAUCUUCUGUCCAGACGAUCUGGUAUAACUGGAUUACGGAUCUAUCGACGGUCUACGCAUCGACACACUCAAACACGUUCAAGAGUCCUUCUGGCCUGGAUAUAACAGUGCAGCUGGCGUAUAUUGUGUGGGGGGAGGUUUUUGACGGAGACCCAGCCUACACAUGUCCCUACCAAAACUACCUAGAUGGAGUUCUCAACUACCCCAUCUAUUACCAACUGCUUUACGCAUUUCAGUCCUCAAGCGGGAGCAUCAGUGAUCUGUAUAACAUGAUCAAUUCAGUUGCUUCCGAUUGUUCCGAUCCCACCUUGCUCGGAAACUUCAUCGAGAACCACGAUAAUCCUCGAUUCGCUUCGUACACGAGUGAUUAUUCGCAAGCGAAGAAUGUGAUUUCUUUUCUCUUUUUGUCAGAUGGUAUCCCGAUCAUCUACGCUGGCCAAGAACAGCACUAUAGCGGAGGCAGUGACCCCGCGAAUCGCGAAGCGACCUGGCUUUCUGGCUACUCGACAACUGCUGAGCUGUAUCAAUAUAUUGCAACAACGAACAAAAUUCGUGCACUCGCUGUUUCUUCAGACUCUUCUUAUAUUACAUCUAAGAACUCUCCAUUCUACCAAGAUAGCCACACGAUUGCCAUGAAAAAGGGAUCAAGUGGAUCGCAGGUUAUAACAGUUCUUUCCAACUAUGGCUCGUCCGGCAGCUCUUAUACUCUGAGUCUCAGCGGUAGUGGAUAUCCUUCCGGCACUGCGCUCAUGGAAAUGUACACUUGUACAUCGAUUACUGUUGACUCAAGUGGGAACAUCGCAGUGCCAAUGGCAUCUGGUCUGCCUCGCGUGCUCAUGCUAGCUUCUGUUGGAACUAGUAGCGGGCCUUGUGCAUCGUCGGGGUCCACUACAGCGACUACUAAAUUGACUGUUAGCACCACAACUUCGUCUUGCAUCCAGGCCACGGCACUACCAGUUCUUUUCAAAGAGACUGUUACCACUUCCUAUGGACAGGAAAUCUAUUUGUCUGGUUCGAUUAGUCAGUUGGGUAGCUGGGACACUGAUGAUGCGAUUGCGCUUUCGGCAGAUCAGUAUACCUCGUCGAACCAUCUAUGGUAUGUUCAAGUUACGAUUCCAGUCGGGUCGUCCUUUCAGUACAAGUUUAUUGAGAAGACAAGUGGGUCUUCGUCUGUGACUUGGGAAAGUGACCCUGAUCGCUCGUACACUGUGCCUACUGGCUGUUCGGGCUCAACGGCCACAGUGACGGCCACAUGGAGAUAA